UCCCAACUGCCCUCGCUGCUGCCACCGCGCAGCAGCAAGGAUGGCGAGACUUGGAGUCCCGGCGAUGACGAUAGCAGCGGUUCCGCCAUUGGAUGAGAAGGCUUGAGGGACAGGCCAGCGUGGUGAACAGGGAGAAACUGAGGCGUGUGGCCCCGAGAGAGCCAGGGCAAUGGAGGCCAGCAUGCCAAAGCGGAAGGAGCCUGGCAAGUCCCUGCGCAUCAAAGUCAUCUCCAUGGGCAACGCAGAAGUGGGAAAAAGCUGUAUUAUAAAGCGAUACUGUGAGAAAAGAUUUGUGUCUAAAUACCUUGCAACAAUUGGAAUUGACUAUGGAGUCACAAAGGUCCAAGUCCGAGACAGAGAAGUCAAGGUGAACAUCUUCGAUAUGGCUGGACACCCGUUCUUCUACGAGGUCCGCAAUGAGUUUUACAAGGACACGCAGGGCGCGGUGCUGGUCUAUGACGUCGGGCAGAAAGACUCCUUCGACGCCCUGGAUGCGUGGCUGGCAGAGAUGAAGCAAGACCUGGGGCCUCACGGGAGCAUGGACAACAUUGUGUUUGUCGUGUGUGCCAACAAGAUCGACUGUGCCAAGCACCGCUGUGUGGAUGAAAGUGAAGGGCGUCUCUGGGCCGAAAGCAGAGGGUUCCUGUACUUUGAAACUUCAGCACAAACUGGAGAAGGAAUUAAUGAGAUGUUCCAGACCCUCUAUGCGUCCAUAGUUGACUUAUGUGAAAAUGGCGGGAAACGUCCCGUCACAAACAGCAGCGCCAGUUUCACCAAAGAACAAGCCGACACCAUUCGCAGAAUUCGAAAUAGUAAAGACAGUUGGGACAUGCUGGGGGUCAAGCCCGGGGCCUCAAGGGACGAGGUCAAUAAAGCCUACCGGAAGCUCGCCGUGCUGCUGCACCCGGACAAAUGCGUAGCUCCCGGCAGUGAAGAUGCCUUCAAAGCGGUUGUGAAUGCCCGGACUGCCCUCCUGAAGAACAUCAAGUAGGAAAGAGAGAAGCAGACGAGUGUCGGGAGUGAGUGCCAGCGGACUUUCCCUGGAGGGGAAACAGCCGGCGCGGGCUGUUUCCUCCGCAGAAUCUCGCCGCUCUUUCCCCCCAUCUGUCGUCAUUUGUAAGUCAGUGGUCCAGGGCCUGCUACCCGCUCACAGCGAGAGGAUGCGAAGGGGAUCCAGCGUCACUUGCACACCAGGGUUCGGUUGGGUUUCCACAUUGAAGUCAAGUGCUCCCCUGGACCCCGCCCUGGGGAAGGUCCCUGGGGCGUCUGGAGGGAGGAGGGAGGACAGGAGGACCCCUUCACCUUCUUUUCCUCCCUCCUCUCCCUUCCUUCCUUCCUUCCUUCCUUUCCUUCCUUCCUUUCCUUCCUUCCUUCCUUCCU